AUGAUGCUUCAGUCACAACUAGGAGAAGGUCAUUUCACAGCUUUAGAAGAGCAUGAAAAAGCUUUAAUUGAAGCUGAAAAACGAUUGAAUGAUUUAAAAGAAUCCGGUCUACAACAUGUCGAUAUUAGUCAGUUGGAAUUAGCUACCGCAGAAGCUCGUCGUAAAGUUGAA